GGCGUAUAUCCCUCAAAAAAAUCGCUGCCCUAACACAGCUGGGAAGUAAAUUUCUUUUUCUCUCAGGUGAUCUGCUUUUCCUUGCACUUCGGUGGAUUAUUGUGGUGAAUUGUGCGAGAAGAAAGACUUUAAUCCCAUCUCUACUCAGCUUUCAAGAAUUGCAGAAGGCCGUGAUGUCGGGGCAUGAUAACUCAAAUGGGUCUUCAGAAAAAUCCAGCAGUGGUAUGGAUGAUUUGCCAACUUUCAAUGCUGAGAAUAUGCAAAACAACAUGAAAGUUAUUUUAUACAGCCGCACAUUCAUGGCAAUCAUUGGUGGUGUCAUUGCCGGCAUUCUGGGACUUACUAGCUUGACAGGCUUUAUCUUUUAUUUCCUUGUCAUGGCAAUAACUUCGGUAGCACUCACAGCAAAGGCCAAGUUUUCAAUCCACUCCUACUUUGACAGCUGGAACAGAGUCAUACUUGAUGGAUUUUUUGGCGGGCUUAUGUCAUUCGUGCUCUUCUGGACAUUCGCAUAUGACAUUGUGCAUAUAUUCUGAGGAUACCUUCCCAUGCGAGAUGAAGACCUUUGCUAUCCCAAGAAGAUGCUAUAGACAUUUUCAAGUUCAAAGUGGUGGGUAUUCAAAGUUUGCACCCAUGAUAUUUUCGUUCUAUUAAGCUUGCAAGAAAGUUUUAGAGUUGGGAGUAGUUGAACAUUUGAUCUUGAGAAAAGUUUUUGGUCAGAUAAUUUAUAUUCAGGGUUUAAAAGCUCAAGUAAUUGCAUAAGCAGUUGAACAUUCCAUAUCACUGCUGAUCUAGUGAUUUCCUUUCCCCUUCUACUACCCUGCCAUAAAGCAGCUGUAUUUUUUAAUAAGAAAAGCUGCAAAUUUAAGAUGUUUUUCAAGAAUGUAAUUACAUCAACAUAUAUUACCUGGUAUUUAUCAAUGGUAUGUAUCUCCACUGAUGUGGAAAUAGAUUGCCAGAUAAGAUCUGCCUGAGAGUUGUAGGGUGUAAUGAUGCCUAUAUCUUCCUCCAAUAUACCUCUACUCAACAACCUACGCACUAUCUGUAGGCCAAAAUCAUUAUGCAGAAAUUGUAGCUUAAUAUAUUUCUUGUGAUCCGAUGCUAAUGGUCAUUAAUGUUCACGAAAGAAGCAAGAGACAUUCAUACCUCAGCAAUGAUAUUUACUUCCAUUGGGUUA